ACAGUCUUGCGCUUCUAAAGGCAGCUGGGGACGUGACUGCUCUGCCUACGGCUCAAGCGCAGGCCCCAUACGUGCUGUAUGGUGGUCAUGGAAUCACUGUUGACAUCGCUAUGGUCAUCGGUGCUGGACACGACACAGGGACUUCUUUUGUGCCUUGGCACUUGCCUCACUGAUCGGGGGUCAGCCCCGGAAUGGCCACACCACCCUGAUGACUCUUGGCUGGAGCAGGUCGCAGAGAAUUUACAUGCCAGCCUCGUUCUUCGAGCAAUGAUGCCCCUUGCAGGGCAAUUCUCCAUGCUUGGAAGCCCAGAAGGUGUCAAGACGCAGACCCUUCAGAAAAUCACAUUGAGUGGUUUCUGGAACCAGCGCUGCAAUGGAGACUACUUCGAGCGGCCGGGAGAAGCGUUCAUGCUUUAUGAUCGCCCUACCUACUGGUCAAAAGACUCCUCCAGGGCUUUGUGCUUCCAUGCCCCAUCGAAUUCUUGGAUUCUUUGUCCCAGAACAUUUUGGCUUGAUGAGAAGGUGCAGUGGAAUUUUCACGCAAGCUACCCUUUCGCUCUUUGCGCUCCAUCCGCAUCCAAAGUGUGUACCGAGGAUGCUCCUUGGACCAGGUGGUGUGAAUCCUUUACCUGCAACCGGUACAUACAUAACAAGCAUGCCCGUGUCACCGUUCAAAAAGUGCAGAUUGUGGUCCGAUUGAGGCCAAAGUCUAUGCUGUCCACCAUCCCAGGUGGAUAUCACUUUCUGAGACACCUGAAGGACAGCUGCCGGUUUUGUCCCUAUAACGGUGAGGGGUUUGCACGGCAAAAGAUGCUCCUAGUCUUGCAGAUGAUGGACCAGCUCCCGGCAGUGCAUGGCUCAUUGCCAGGGAGCCUGGCAAACAGUACGGAUGAGCUAGACGUGGCUAUUUGGGAAGGCUCGAAGUUGUUUAGGGCAGCUGAGUUGGAAGAUGAGACACGGAGCUUGCUUUGCCAAAGCCGAGACGAGGAACAAAGUCGCCGAGCUGCUGAGGAGGAACACAGUCGCCGAUCUGCUGAGGAACUGCUUGCUGAGGAAGAGAGACACGAAAGAGAGAAGAGAAAGAGGAGAGAAAAGAGAGAAAAGGCAGAAAAGAAAGAUGCGCAUCUGUCCAACAAAAAGCUAAAGAGUAGAGACACCAAGGCCAAGCAGGCUGGAAGCUCUGAAAAUAGUGCAGAAGAAGAUGCAAACGAGAAGGAGGAUUCUUUUGAAGUUGAGUGGCGUGCUUUCCACGAGGAUAUCUCGGAUCCCGUGUCCAAACUUCGGCACAACUUUCCCAUAUUUGAUGAUGACGUGCUCAGUGCACAUCUCAUGGAGGCUUCGUACGACCUGGAAAAGGCAGUGGUUUCACUUUCCAAGCUAGAAGCAGAACCUGUUGCAGUUUUGGAGCCGGCUGAUAUUCCGCGUUCUUCGAACCCUCCUCUUCGAAGUGGAGAGCCUAAGAGGCUGAUGGCUAAUGUCAUUGCCAGAACAGACCAUCCGAAAAUGCCACUUUACUGCUUCAUCGCAGUCGUCGCGAAGUCAAACCAGUCGCAGAAAUAUCGAGCAGGCCAAAUUGUCAGACCUAUUCCCGAAGACAGAUUCCGGCUCUUAGGUGACGAGAAGGGUCACUUCUGGCUGAAGAAGACCAAGGUGCCCCAGAUUGGAGACAUCGUGGAAGUUUGCUUUUUUGAGGAGGAUGCUCGUGACUAUUUGGAGACAGCUCAUGGAACGUAUCCGCACCAGAACGAGGACCUUUUGUGUACAACCUUGACGCUGCACAGCCGUUGCGACCUUGAAAGAAACGCCACGGCAGGCAUGGCCCUGUUCAACAUGGCAGUGGAUGAUGUGGAGUUGCAGUGGCCUUGGAAGAGUGCUCUCGGAAAGUUUGACGCCGUCCAGCCAGGCAAAAGGAUUUGGUUUGUACAUCCGAAGAAGCAUUUGCGAUCAGUGAUGAUUUUGCGAGUCAAAAGCUGGGAGACUGUGAACUUCAAGUACCGCAAUGCCUCCAGCGAUAGAAUCAGUGUGGACUUCUCAGCAGGACGACGCCGUCUCACUGACAUCGCCGUAACUGCUGCUGGCUUCGAUGCUUCCCCUGCGGAGCUGAACCGGAGGUUUGCUGAGAAGUCGAAAGAAAGGGAGCAGCUGUUCAUUCUAGGCCUUGCCCGUGCGGAGCAUCGAGGCCCGGAAGGAUACAAUCGUCUUGGGGAUUGCCCAGAACGGCAGAGGCGACAGCUGGAUGUGAAGACACUUGAUGAGUAUUGUCAGAUCCUUCUUAUUGGGGUUCUACCAUAUCCGAAAGAAGUCGAGGGGUCGGUUGGGAGUCUGUUUGACGGGGCAGGCCUUUCAGCUGAAUCCGGAGAUGUGGCGUCUUUGUUUCCGCAGUCCUUGCACCAAUGCCCGCGCUCACCGGCGAAUCCAGUAGUUAGUGUAACUGCAAUGAAAGUGAAAAGAGGCCAUGUAGGACCAAGUGCGGCCCAGCCUGAACAGGCCUUGUAGAGAUGUCCUAGACAUGUUAGGACUUGUAGUUUGACUGAUCACUCUCCCAAGCCCUGGUACAGCUUCGCCACCGGGUUCUGCCGGUUCUGCCUCUUCAAGUAAGCUUGGGACCCUUUGGAGGCUUGGCUCUCUGCAUGGGCGCUGCCCCCC